AUGAAAAUGAACGUUAUAACUUUAUGUAUGUUAUUUCACUCUUCUCUUGGUUUCUUUAAUAUACAGCAUAUAGCAUCAGACACUCUAACAUUAUUACCCAAAGGCUUUUCCCCUGCUGUGAAAGAUAUUGUUGAAGGAAUCCCAUCUACGGCUUUAACCAUUGUCAGAGGGAAUUCGACAAAUAUCAGGUCUUCGGACAUAUUUGAGUUAAUUUGUCUUCUAUAUGAAAACAACAUCCAAGUUAUCAACCUUGACCUUACAACGACAGACAAUAAAGCUAUUUUUUUUAGUUUUCUAAAAGAGGGCUUAGACACUUCAAACGAAAGGACUAGUCUUAUUUUAUGUAGACCUUUGGAAUGCGAAAAUUUACUUUCAGAGUUGACUGAAAACAACUUCAUUCAUCGUACAAUACUCUACAUGUUUUAUUGGUCUGAUGGUGACAUAAGUUCAAAAUUUCGCCAAACUCUCAAGGAGGCAAUGAGAGUCACUGUUAUUACCAAUCCCAGGGAGGGCGUUUUUCGUAUAUAUUAUAAUCAAGCCACUCCAAAUCGACUCCAUCAUUUGAGCCUGGUUAAUUGGUGGUCGGGUAAGCUGUACAAAUCGCCACUUCUUCCGUCCGCUAAUGUGGUAUACAACAACUUUCAAGGACGCGUAUUUGACGUGCCCGUAUUACAUGCCCCUCCAUGGCAUUUUGUCAAAUUUAACAAUAAAUCCACAAUAGAGGUAAAAGGAGGCCGUGAUGAUAAAUUAUUGUCUUUAAUAGCGAAGAGACUAAAUUUCAGGUAUCAAUAUUAUGAUCCACCAGACAGAAGUCAGGGUUCAAGUAUAUCUGGAAAUGGAACGUUUAAAGGAACUCUCGGUCUAAUUUGGAAACGAAAAGCAGAUUUUUUCAUCGGAGAUGUGACAAUAACGUGGGAACGUCUGCAGGCGGUAGAGUUUUCAUUUGUAACCCUUGCCGAUUCGGGUGCCUUCUUGACACACGCCCCAGCCAAGCUCAGUGAAACUCUCGCUAUUAUUAGACCGUUUAGAUGGGAAGUCUGGCCGUUAGUGUGUGCAACGUUAAUCGUGACAGGCCCUGCGCUAUGGUUUGUGAUCGCUGCUCCGUCAUUCUGGCAAAACCGUCAUCAAGAUCAAUUGCGCCUAUUCAGUAAAUGCUGUUGGUUUACCACUACACUGUUUCUUCGACAAUCCUCUAGCAAAGAGCCUUCAAGCACACAUAAAGCUCGUUUGGUAGCAAUUUUAAUAUCGCUUGGAACAACAUAUGUCAUAGGCGACAUGUACUCGGCAAACCUUACUAGUCUACUUGCUCGGCCUGCGCGUGAACAACCUAUUGGUACACUCGAGGCUCUAGAAGAGGCAAUGAGAGAUAGAAAAUAUGAGCUUGUUGUAGAAAGACAUAGUUCUUCUCUCACUAUUUUAGAGAACGGUACCGGUGUAUAUGGACGCCUCGCUAAAUUAAUGCGUCGUCAAAAGUUACAACGAGUGCGCAGUAUAGAAGUCGGCGUAAGACUGGUGUUGGCCCACAAGAAAAUUGCAGUGUUUGGUGGAAGAGAAACAUUAUUCUACGACACAGAGCGAUUUGGAUCGCAUAAUUUUCACCUCAGUGAAAAGCUGUAUACUAGGUAUUCAGCUAUCGCUUUGCAGAUCGGUAGUCCAUACCUUGAAACUUUCAAUAAUGUGAUAAUGAACCUUUUUGAAGCCGGCAUAAUAGCAAAAAUGACUAAAGAUGAAUAUAAAAAACUCCCAGAACAGUCAAGACGGUCUGAUCCUGUAACAGAAAGUGAUAAAAUAAAUGUAGAUGUCACAGGCGACUCGGCAGUUACUUCGCAGGCGCAGACCGAAUCUACGAUAGGUCUUGAACCACUGUCAUUAGUCAUGCUGCGAGGAGCAUUUUGUCUUCUAGGAAUCGGUCAUUUCGUUGCAGCUUUAGUAUUGGCUGUCGAAAUACAGACAUAUCGUCGCUCACAUGUCUUGGAAAUUGAAGAAAAUUCAACUAACAAACUGUCGAAGCAAAAGGCAGCACGCCGAUUUAAAAAACUCGUCAAAAUUAAAUUCAGAAAGCUUUUGAGGAGUUUAUAUAAUCAAAUCGAUACUGCUUUGGGGCCUGUAUAA